AUGACGACACGACAGACCCUGAUGAGCACAUUGACCUGUACACGACCCAGGGUUUUUCCUACCUCGCUCAAAGGAGCCACACUCCACUGGUACACCCAGUUACCCGCCGAAUCCAUCGACAGCUUUAGCACCUUAAUCCGGCGGUUCACGGCACAAUACGCCACCAGCCGACCUCACCACACAACCUCCACUACUUUGGCCAACCUCAGGCAGAAUGAUGACGAACCUCUGCGAACCUUCAUGGAGCGCUUCUCCAACAUCUCGGUGAGGAUCCGGAACUUAAACCCCGAAGUCGCCCUGCACUCCAUGCUCAUGGCCCUCAAAGUUGGCCCCUUUGUCGACAGUCUCUACCGAGACCCAGCUCCGCGCCCGCGCGGCAGGAUACAUCCAGAUGGAGGAGCACUCCGCCUUCCGCAACCAGAGGAAGCCAGCAACAACAAUCUGCUCGCCCUCCCACCGCCGGGUCACACUCCCAACAACGCCGACAAGUCUAAGCACUGUCGGUACCACAGGAACCAUGGUCACACCACGGAAGAGUGUCGCACACUCCGGGAUCGCAUCGAGGAGCUCAUUCAAGCGGGCCACCUCGGCCAGUACAUCCAGCGACAACAGGGUAAUAGAGGCGGCUAUGGAGGUCGAGGACGCGGCAGAGGUCGAGGUUCAGGAGCUCGCACUGAAUCACACCCGGGCUCCCGGCAAAAUGCUGGCGGCGCCGAGAUAAGCCAAGAGACAGAAUCGGCUCCCUUACGGGGAGUAAUCAACACAAUAGCAGGUGGCUUUGCUGGAGGAGGCGCCAGCAGCUCGACCCGAAGAAGACACCUGCGGAGCAUCAACUGCGUCCACUCUACCACCCCGGCCCUCCACCAAAGCUCACCGCCGAUCUCCUUCUCCGACAAAGACUACGUCGGCGUCAGCCCUAACCAGGAUGACCCCAUGGUCAUCGUUGUGGAAAUAGCCAACUCGAAAGUGCAGAAAACACUCAUUGACCAGGGAAGCUCGGCCGACGUCCUGUACUGGCCUACGUUCCUCAAGCUAGACGUCCCCCACUCCCUCAUUCAACCUUACAUGGAGCCCCUAGUCGGCUUCGCAGGAGAGCGAGUUCACACUCGGGGGUACGUAGACUUGCUGACGACUUUCGGAACGCCACCGGAUACAAGGCGGGUCAUGGACGGUAAAAUCAUCGCCGUCAAAGCUAAUCAGGAAACAGCUCGGCAAUGCUACGUCGAGAGCCUGAAGAUCUCCUCGUCGAGCAAGCAAAGCGAGGGGAAUCCCCCCACCAUAGCUCCUUAA